AUGGAGGUACCAAAAAUCUUCCUCCGGCCGUUUGAUCUUUCAGACGCCGAGGACGUGCUUAAAUGGGCCGGUGAAGAUGACGUCACGCGUUACCUCCGAUGGGCCUCCGUUAAAACGGUUGAAGAAGCCGAAGAGUAUAUUCUUCAAAAGGCUAUACCACAUCCAUGGCGACGUUCCAUCUGUCUCCUCGACGACGGUCGUUCUAUAGGUUACGUCUCCGUCAGGCCAGAUUCCGGCGACGGUAUGUGCCGUGCCAACCUCGGAUACGCCGUGGCCAAAGAGUUUUGGGGGCGGGGGAUAGCGACGGCUGCGGUGAAGAUGGCGGUGGAGCAGGCUUUCGAGAGUUUUCCGGCGGUGGUGAGGGUACAAGCGGUGGUGGAAGUGGAGAACAGAGCGUCUCAGAAGGUUUUGGAGAAAGCUGGGUUUGAGAAAGAGGGUUUGCUUAAAAAGUAUGGAUUAUGCAAUGGAGUGGUUAGAGACAUGUUUUUGUAUAGUUUUGUUAAUUAA